CUCUGGCAAAAAAAAAAAGGUAAAAAACAGAGCAACUUUAACACGGCUUGAGACAUCACCAUGAACAUGUCAAGUGAUUUUUGCUGGGCAGAGAAGGGUCAGAUGAGCCAUCUUGCCAUUAAGUUGGUGUGAUGGCGCAGCAUUAGAAGACGACGAUGUCCACAGCACGAGCUCGGGCCAGUUGGUGAAGACUGGGACCGUGUCUCUGAAUCUGCGGCGAGAUUCAGACCAAAGGACCUCAGCAUACGAACAAGAGAGCAUUAGAUGGUCCCUAGUUUCCGGCUGAGUAGAACAGAUGCAACACGAAGUCUGAAUUUGCAUACCCCAAGCCGCGAGGCCAGAGCGGGUUGGGAGCCUAUUCAGAUUUGUGACCCACAUAUGGAAAGCAUGCUUGGGCGUUGCUCCACUGAACCAGAUGUGAUUUGCGAAAACUUGGGGAGCACGCGGACGUAUCACUUCCCAUGUCUUGGCGGAUGAGAAAGCAUGAUUGAGCUCUCCGUUAGUAGACCAUCCAUACCUAUCUGGGCCCCGGUCAACCAUGGGAAUGGGGAAGUCUGUGAGAAAAGUGUGAAGGAAGACCUCCUGGUCCGUUCGGGGAUGUGGUAAUCUCCAGCCAUGCUCAUUGCAAGCGUCCGCAAACGGUAGCCGAGGCAGUAGAUAAGGUAACUUACAAGGUAGCCGAGUUCAAAUGCGAGGCAUAGCUACUCAUACACAGGUCUCUUGAUUCCAACUUCCCUCGUUUCAUAAUCAUGUUCUGGAAUUUACUAUUGGAAACCUUUUUAACUUGGUUUUAGGCUAUGCAUGCACAUACUUCGGUGCCACUAAGGCAAAAUUGGCGGAAAGAAUGCAUCAGAAGAUGUUAGCAGCAGCAGGUAUGUUAUCAUCCACUCUAUAAACACACAACUACAACACAUCGAAUUCAAACCUCUGUUAUUUCUGUGUAGCUCUGAAAUCGAUGAACUGGGGAAGCGGUUGCCUGCACUUAGAUAGAAAGAAAGAAGAAGUAUCAUGACCUUGAAGAAGACAGUUCAGACCAAAUUUUUUUAUUACAUUCAAUGUGUCUCUCUAGCUACAGUUUGAUUGUAUAUACACACAACUAAACACUGAAGAGGAAAGGGUCUUCUAUACAAAAGUUUUACAACCAGAUAUCCAACUAAUACUAAUCUGGCUCUCUCAGAUACGAUCAUUUUACAAUGCUCAACCAAGCUAUAUGAUGUCAAGAGGAAAGGGUAUAGGGGGAGUCUUUUCCGGUACAUGCCAAGCUUGGCAAUUAAAAAGAGGUAAUGUGUUUUUUUUUUUUUGACGUCAAGAGGUAAUGUUUAAAACAAUCAUCUGGGCUUAAUCUAUAUACUGGGCCUUAAGUAUGGAAACCCAAUAUACAAAUCUGUGAACAUUCCAACCCAUAUUACCCACAUCUUAUUUUAUAACUUACCAAAUAUAAUGGUGGUUGUGGAGGUUGGGGCACAUGAGAGAUCGUCUAAUCAAAACCACACAACUCUACUUGCCCGGGGGUUCAACGUUCAAUACAAUAGUCCAAAGACAGAUAACUCUUUUCCUUUAUAAAAGAACAACACGUUUCCAACAUUAAACUUACACACCAUGGCUCAUCUUCAAUCUCUUAACAUCAUCGAAACCAGUCACAUCUCUCCAUUAAAUGGCACCGUUCCAUCCACCACUCUCCCUCUCACCUUUUUCGAUGCACCGUGGCUCACUCUCCCACUCGGAGAAUCUCUCUUCUUCUUCUCUUACAAAAACUCAACCGAACAUUUCCUCAAAGACUAUCUCCCUAACCUCAAACAAUCACUCUCCACCACUCUCCAACAUUUCUUCCCUUACGCCGGUAACCUAGUCACCCCACCUCGUCCUGACCCUCCUUACUUACGCUACAACGAUGGCCAAGACUCUCUUCUUUUCACAGUCGCUGAGUCUCUCGGAACUGAUUUCGACCUUCUCAUAACUGAUUCUCCUAAAGACAUCAAAGUGUUGCAUGACUUCUUGCCCAAGUUACCUCCUCCUCAUGUCUCUCCGGAGGGAAUCCAGACACGGCCAGUAAUGGUGAUACAAGUCACUAUCUUCCCUGGAAAAGGAAUCUGCAUAGGAAACACGUCUACCCAUGUUGCAGGAGAUGGAGUCACUUUCACUCACUUCAUGAAGUAUUGGAUGUCACUGACCAAAUCUAACUGUAAAGAUCCUGCCACGCUUCUCCUACCCUCUCCGCCUAUUCACAGCUGCAGAAACAUUAUCAAGGAUCCAGGCGAGGUAGCCGCAGGACAUUUGGAGAGGUUUUGGAGCCAAAACUCUGGAAAACACGGCUCACAUCACACGCCUAAGAACAUGGUCAGGGCUACUUUUACAUUGAGCCGGAAUCAGAUAGACAGUCUCAAGAGUUUGGUUACAGAGCAGUCUGUGAAUCAAUCUCCUGUUUCAACCUUUGUGGUGACUCUAGCUUUCACUUGGGUGAACCUGAUCAAGACACUUGUUGGUGAAACAGAGGACAAAGACGAAGAGGUCUUCAACUUGAUGAUUAAUGUGGAUUGCAGGAAUCGUCUCAAGCUCACAGAACCAAUACCAACCACAUACUUUGGCAACUGUAUGGCUCCUGGUAUCGUAUCUGUCAAGAAACAAGAUUUGCUUGGAGAAAAAGGGGUUUUGGCUGCUUCAGACGCAAUCACGUGGAGAAUCAAAGAUAUGUUAUCAAGCGAUUUAUUGAAAACAGCACCGAGUUGGGGACAAGGUGUGCGUAAAUGGGUCAUGUCACGUUUUCCAACUUCUAUUGCAGGAGCUCCUAAACUGGGAUUAUAUGAUAUGGAUUUUGGGUUAGGAAAGCCUUGUAAAAUGGAGAUGGUGCACAUUGAAACAGGUGGUUCCAUUGCAUUCUCAGAGUCAAGAGAUGGGAGUAAUGGUGUUGAUGUUGGAUUAGCACUGGAGAAGACGAAAAUGGAUACCUUUGUUUCGAUUUGGCAACAGGGGAUCAAAAAAUUCAACAAGUAGCAGGACACAAGCAACUUCACUAUCUAUGUUUCAUAAAUAUCAUAGACCCUUUUCAAUAUUCAGUAAGAUGCAAGAUUAGCAACCAUUAAAUAAGUAUGAUUAUCUACUUUCCAAAAAGGUCACUGAAAGACUGUUGCAUGGUGAUUAUAUUUUCAUCCUCUCAUCCAAAAAACUUUAUUAUGUUAAGUACCAGGUGAUAAUAUUUCCACCAAGUUCGUUACUUCUUUCCUCCAAUAAUAUAUCAUUAUCCCUUUGUA